UUUUCAUAUUCUAUAUAUUUGACCUUUAAUUUUCAUAUAUAAGUUGAUUCGAGAAGUAUGGCGUUUGGUUUGACAGAUGCUGCUCAAACAUUCCAAAGAUUUAUAGAUCAGGUACUCCAUGGCUUACCUUUCGUCAGUGCAUACAUAGAUGACUUAAUAGUAGCUAGCGCAUCUGAAACAGAGCACCUGCAACAUCUGAGGACGCUUUUCGAACGACUGCGUGAAUAUGGCAUUACAAUCAAUCCACAGAAAUGCGAAUUUGGCAAGGAAUCCCUACAGUUUUUGGGUCACAUUGUUAAUGCCAACGGUGUUAAACCGGUUCCGCAAGAAGUAGAUGCAAUUCGAGAAUAUCCUGUUCCAGACUCGUUUCGAAAGCUGCGAAGAUUUCUGGGGUUAAUAAACUUCUAUCGACGUUUCAUACCUAAAUGUGCUGAAGUAGCCCAACCGCUGACAGAUUUAUUGCAAGGACGAGCCAAAGUGUUUCACAUGACCCAAGCGGCCCAUGAUGCUUUUGACAAACUGAAGCUGGCUCUAAGUUCUGAAACUCUUCUCUCUCGUCGUGAUUCAGAAGCACCACUAGCCAUCAUGACAGACGCUUCAAAUGUUGCGGUAGGCGCAGUACUACAACAGUUUGUUCACGGUCAGUGGGAACCAUUAUCUUUCUUCUCGAAACGACUUAAUGCUUCUCAAUCGCGAUACAGUACAUUCGGCAGAGAGCUACUGGCGAUUUACUUGGCUAUCAAGCACUUCAGAUAUAUGCUCGAAGGGUACUCAUUUAUAGUAUUCACCGACCAUAAGCCACUCACAAAAGCAAUUGAUGCAAAGCAUGACAACUACUCGCCCCGAGAAAUUCGACAUUUAGAAUUUAUUUCACAAUUCACUUCAGAUAUAAGGUAUGUCAAAGGCAGCAAAAAUGAGGCAGCUGAUGCUUUGUCUCGUAUGUACGUAAACGUCUUAGAACGUGACCAUAUUGACCUAGCAGAAAUGGCAAAGUUGCAGGCCACGGAUGAGGACUUGAAACAUUUGAAAAACAAUGUGAACACCUCAUUACGUCUUGAAGAAGUGACACUUGAUGACUCUGUAUCCAUCACCUGUGAUGUAUCCAAGGGUAAACCGCGCCCGUUUGUGCCUUUAUCAAUGAGACGAUUAGUCUUCUCUAAGAUGCAUGGCAUUUCACAUCCUGGUAUUCGAGCUACGGUGAAGUUAAUUACUGACCGAUACGUCUGGCCAAAGAUGAAUCGAGAUCUUCGACAGUGGUCCAGAGCUUGUUUAGCGUGCCAGCGAUCGAAAGUGCAAAGACAUAUUCUUUCACCUACGGGAAGAUUUUCCCACCGGAUGGCAGAUUUGACCAUAUACACGUUGACAUCGUUGGACCACUACCUCCGUCAAAUGGUUUUAGCUACAUUUUAACAUGUGUAGACCGAUUCACGAGAUGGCCAGUGGCAAUACCUCUGCAGGAUAUAUCUGCCGAAACAGUAGCGAGAAAUAUCAUCCAACACUGGAUUUCUAACUUUGGUGUCCCAAGUGUCAUCACCACAGAUAGAGGUGCGCAGUUCGAGAGUAGUCUAUUUCAACAGUUAACUGAACUUCUCGGGAUCAAGCGCAUAAGAACCACUGCGUACCAUCCUGCAUCCAAUGGUAUUGUCGAAAGGUUCCAUCGACAACUAAAAGCAGCACUGAUGGCAGUAAAGACUGAUGACAAGUGGAGUGACAAAUUACCACUAGUACUCCUUGGUAUACGUUCGAGUGUCAAGCAGGACAUUGGCUGCUGUACUGCUGAGUUAGUUUAUGGAACUACUUUAAGAUUGCCAGGAGAGUAUUUUAACCCGGCAACAGACGUUCCACCGGACUUGACUAACUAUGUACAACAACUACGGCGACACAUGAGCACACUUCGACCUCAGUCCCCACGAUACCGAGACAACCAAGUUUACGUACCUCAGUGCAUCUCAAACUGCACUCACGUUUUCGUCCGACACGACGGCGUACGAAAACCCUUACAGGCCCCGUAUGAAGGACCUUUCAAGGUAAUUAGUAAAUCAGACAAAGUUGUCACGGUCGAACGCUCGGGUAGACGAGAAACGGUCAGCAUUGAUAGAAUCAAACCAGCGUUUAUGGAACCAGAUGUCACGGAUACCAAGUCUGAACCCGCAGUGAAGCAACCAGAAACCACCGUCAAAACAGAAACAACGGCAUCGGAAUCACCCAAUAGUAGCGACGGUAGCAGAACCACGAGAUCCGGAGAAAGAGUCCGUUGGCCACGACGUUACUUUCAGACAAUUUACAUUUCAUAAAACCAAUUCCCUAGUAACAUUAUUAUCGUUUUUGCUCAUUACCUUGUUGAAAACAUGACCACACGAUUUUGUCAGACUUUUCCGUAUGCACAAAACAAAAAUUUUUUCCGGGCACCACGGACUUCCGAAUCUCUUAUUUCUUAACAAUGUUCCAGGUAAUACGAUUUUGGUUGUUAAUUUUUUUAUCUCCGGAUAUAUUAUUACUUUGGUAAAGUUAUUUUAGUGUUUCGAAUGUCAUACACUUCAUUUUUAUGUAAACACUCUUCCAAUCAGUUUUCAUCCUGAUAAUAGAUAUCCUUAACAUUCCUUCUGUGUUUUUAAUAUCUUCAAAAUGAAUUUACCUUUCUCAUAAUAUUUUAUAUCGAACACAGAUAUUCCCUCUUAUAUCUGUAUUCUGGGGAGGGACUUAUGUAGCAUUUUAUUUCACUGUAUUGUGUUGAUGUAUAUAACAACUCAUUGAACAUUUUUUGUUUAGUUGUACUGAAAAAGACUUUUUGCUCGCUCGUUGACUAAUACAACAUCCUGAUAUA